GUAAUUGAGUUUCUUCUCGUCCUACUAGGGUUUUAGGUGUCAAUAUAUAAGCAAAAUUUUCUUUCACAUUCAUCUUCUUCAUCUCUUUGAAUUUCUUCUUCAGACCGUCAAAAGGCAAAACCCUAGAAACUGAACAAUGACAACAGUUCCAGGGCAAUUAGUGUGGGAAAUCGUGAAGAAGAACAAUGCAUUUUUGGUAAAGGAGUUCGGUAAUGGUUCCGCAGGCGUUGUGUUUAGCAAAGAGCCUAACAAUCUUUGCAAUCUUCACUCUUACAAGCACUCUGGCCUAGCAAACAAGAAAACUGUAACUAUCCAGGCUGGAGGCAAAGAUCAAUCUGUGUUGCUUGCUACAACAAAGACCAAGAAACAGAAUAAGCCUUCAACUUUGCUGAACAAAUCUGCAAUGAAGAAGGAGUUCCGUCGCAUGGCCAAGGCAGUAACAAACCAGGUUGCAGACAACUAUUACAGGCCAGAUCUGAAGAAGGCAGCCCUUGCAAGGUUGAGUGCCGUGAACAGAAGCCUCAGGGUCGCCAAGUCUGGCGUGAAGAAGAGGAACAGGCAGGCUUAGAGUUGCAUUGUGUUUGCAAUGACAUUGUUGUUCCCUUGUCAUUAAGUAACAAAGUUUUGAUUUUCGAUUUUAUAUUUGAAUUCUUUUUUCAAAAAGCUAUUGGUAAGGGGCCUUGCCCCGUGCUUUUUCGGAUUGAAGACUUUAUGAUCAUUUAGAAAGGAUCUGUUUAAUUUGUGGAAGGUGUGGUAUAUUGGAUAGUCUUAUGAGUGGUCACUUCCUUCUGCCUUUUA